AUUUCCCUUAAAUGACCUAACCAUCACAAUAGGGGAAUUUAUGUUCAGAAAUGAGGAGUGAGGAAGAAGGUGCCUGCACAUUUCAGUAGAUCAAACGCUGUGCCCGCAGUUGGUUUGAUUUUGUUCCGCUUGAGAGGGUACCCAGAACGAAGAAGUCUGAAUCCCAUCCGUUGAAGAAUGGACAGGAUUCAACAUCUGUUAUUAUGGGCUGUGUUGGUGGUGUGCUGUUUAGCUGAGCGGCAGUACUUCCUCCAGUCGAACUCAUCCACCUGGGAACAGGCCAGACUCCACUGCCAGGUGUGCUAUAAAGAGCUGGUGAGCCUCACCCCUGACAACAACCUGCAACUCGUCCAGAACCUAAACUCUAGUUACUGGAUCGGCCUCCGCAAGACUAUCCGCAAUGACUCCUACCCCUGGUCCAGCUGGUCCAACGGAGACCCCCUCACCUUCCAGAACUGGUACCCUGGCCACCCCGUACUCUCCAAGCCCAACAACCAUGUGAUGAAAGUUAACUACGGCUCCAGCCUCCCCAAUGAAUGUGGGUGUUCCUGCACCAAUGAGAGCAAACCUACCAAUGUUACCCCGGCACCUACUGCUGCCGGUAGCUACAAUGAUACUGGUUACGGUAAUGAUACAGAUGACCCUUUCCCAGAGGAUGAAAACUUGACAACGUUAUCAACGAUGGAAGCCAUGGCAAAGAUGAAAGUAAGAGAGACAGCUGAGAGGACAACAAUGGCAACAGAGGUGACAACGAUGACAUCUGAAAUGACUACGGGACCAACGUUCUUUACAGGAGUUACUGGUGGCAUCAGUGGGACGAAUGAGACGGACACAGAUGAGAACCAGUGCAUAGCCCUAUACAGUUUUGGACUUUGGUUUGAUCAAAUCUGCUCAAAGCCUACACCCUAUAUCUGCUAUGAAGACCGUUUCUACGGGAACGCCACCAUGACCAACAAGACCCUACGCAGCGGGACUCUGCACUGGACCCGCGGGCCUGGUGACAUCAGCGACUACAGGGUGGAGGUCAACUCCUCUGACUACAACCUGACCCUAAACCACAGCAACUUGAACCGGACUUACUUGACCUACGACCUUUCCAACCUCACCGCCGGCACCCAGUACAAAGUCCAGGUGUUCCCCAUUAAGUGUGGAAGGGACCUCAACCCACAGAACGUCUCCUUCUACACCAAGCCUGAUGUGAUCAAAUACCUCAACGUCACCAAGGUCUCAGAAACCAACAUCGCCCUGUCCUGGUCCGCUCCUGAGGGCAACCGUGACUUCUACUACAUCCAGGUGAGGGGUCAACCUCAUCUGAAAAUGACCACACACACAGAGAGCGCUGUGGUGAAAGGCCUGAUACCGGGGGGGUACUACACAUUUGAUGUCAACGCCAAAGUGGAGGAUGAGUCCAUCGAGGGAGACCCACUGAACAUCUCCUCCUACACCAAGCCAGGAAAGGUGUCAAAUUUAAACGUGUCUGAUCCUACUGCUGACUCUGUCCACCUCCAAUGGGAGCAGCCCGCAGGGAAUAUCUCUGGGUUUAGAGUGGACGUCUUGCAUGAAGAAAACAUCAAUAACAAGACGCUGAAAUACAUAGACCUGAACAAUACAAGUCUACGGGUCACGGAACUGCCGGCAGGCGCCAAGCUCUGGCUGAGCGUGGUAGCACUGGUGCCCGACGCAUUUGUGAAAGGAGAGCCCAGCACCGUGAUUGCCUUCACCAGUCCAGGUGGCAUUACUGACUUAGAGUUGGUCCCUGCUACGUACACAAUCAAGGUGACCUGGACAGCUCCCACGGGCAACUACGAGACUUUCAGCGUUCAGCUCAAUCUAACCGCCUUGGAACAGGAAGUCUCAAAAAAGGAGCAAAACGCCAGUCCUCUCUCCUUCACGGGACUGAAGGCAGGAGCCGAAUAUACAGUGACAGUCACCACUCUGAAUGGGUAUCUCAAGAGCCAACCAAGUAGCAGAACAGUUUUCACUUUUCCUGUCCAACCGGAACCAGCCAAAAUCGACUCCUUCAGUGAGAGUCAUGUCACCCUGUCAUGGGGAGCCCCCAAGGCAUCCCAAGGCGUAGAACUGACGUACCUGGUCAAAUACACCACUGAAUUCUGGAAUUUGACAAAUUAUGUCAUUGUGAAAAAUGCCACCACCUAUAUAUUUCAUGGGUUGCAUGCUGGGACCAACUACGACUUCGAAGUACGAGUGAAGGCGGGAACCCAGGAAAGCAGUCCGGUCACAGUAUCACAGAUGACAAUUCCUAAGAAGAGGGUUCUGACUAUUACCAUGAAGUGUUCCUCCAGCGUACCCCUCCACUGUGAGGACAUCCGCACACAGACAGAGGUCCUGUCAAAGUUGCAGGAGCAUUUCCGCAAGGAGUUCUACAAGAAGAUAGAUAUUGUGUUCUGGGAACUGGACUGGAGAGAGGCAUAAUAUCUCACACAAGCUUGACCAAAUACUCCUACUUUAAUACACAUUUAAGUGAAUUUGCCGCAACACUUUUGGUCCCCUAGAAUGGUGGUACUAUAUACAAAAAGCGCUGUAAUUUCUGCACGGUUCACCCGAUAUAAAUGAAAAUACACUCAAAUUAAAGAGUACAGAGUACCUAUCUACUUUAACCUCGUAGUCACUAUCAUUUCAAAUCCGAAGUGCUGGAUUACAGAGCCAAAACAAAAAAAAACUACUGUCCCAAUACUUUGGGAGCUCACUGUAUGUGUGUUGAAUUCCUUGUCCUUGUUUUCAAGAUGUCAUGUUUUCUUUGCAAAUGCAUUUUAGUAACAUAUUGUCUCUUACCAAUUGUCAAAUGAAUCAAUGAAAAUGUACUUCAUCUGACUGUGGUGUGGAUAAAACUACAUUAUGUAAUCAACUUAGCUUUUCUAGUGUAAAACAAGUAUUUUCUAGUAAGUCUCUGUGCAUCUCAAUCAAGAAGGCACCUGAUGUUGAAGAAGAUUGGUUUUUCGAUUCAAACAUUUUUGCUUGUUUGACGCUAUACUGUUUUUUUUAUAUAUUUUUUUUACAACUUGGUUGGCCAUGUUACGUGGGGUAGUGGAUAACUAUUGGACUAUUUGUAGCAAAUAUCAAUCGAUAACUACUGUAUUGUACAACGAUGCAAUGCCCCAAACGUGUAAUUAAUUGGUGCACUAACCGAAAAUGUAGCAAUGUAGCAUUUUGCUCCAUUCCAGUAGUUAAAAAACACAAGUGAAAACUAAGUGCUUAGUGAGCGGAGACGAUGCCUGUCCAACAUUUCCAUUCUCUGAAACCAACCACGAAGCACAGCAGUUGUUCAAAGUAACUAGAUAGCUAGGGAGUUAAAUGGCUUCUCAUAUCUGUGAAAACUCAUUAGAUAGCAUUGGUUAUCUUGUUGACCUCAGAAUGUAAGCACGGGUACUACUAGCUAGCUAGUUAAAGGGACAUUCCACUCCAAAAUCUAACGUUGUUAGAUUAUGUUUUAGACCUAUGUGAAGAUCCACAUCCCAUACCAUCAAUUCCAAAUGAAUGCAAUUGGACAUUUCUGAACAAUCUCUCUUUGAAGAUGUGUUGCAACUCCCCUGUUGCGAGAAGUUCUCCACUAUAGCCUGCAAAAACAUAUCCUUUCACCGGUAAUUAUGACACUCUUUUGUUUGGAGGAUGAGCAAUGAUGAAAGACGUGUUUUAUCAUCACAAUUUCCUAAAACUAGAAACAUUGUGGGCCAGUUUCCUGGAUACAGCGUAAGCCUUUUCCUAGUCUAAAAAACAUUCUCAAUGGAGAAUCUCCAUAUAAAUAUAUUUUUUUGUCCUGAUCGGGACUAAUCUGUGUCUGGGGAAACUGUCCCUUAGGGUAUAAUCAGCAUGUGCAGUUAUUCUCUCAUUUCUUUAUUGCAUAGCAUACUUGUGCCCUAUACCAAAACCAACCCCUACCCCAUGGCACUUAUACCUUGUCCCCUGUGUCUUCUCCAUAGGUUUCCUAGGAACACAGAGCGAAAGCUCCAGUGGUGUUCUGCCCCCAUCUGACAAAGUCCUGACCAGCAGUGGAUCCCCAGCACCUAACGUUUGUUCCGCAGCAAGCACUUCACCCACAACAUGUUUGACCUCACGGGCCAGAUGGUCAGACUGAGGGGCCAGAUGGUCAGACUGAGGGACCACACCGUACCCUCAGUCGUCAACUUCCACCAGAGGAGGAAAAACCCGCCCUUCAUCAUCCAGGGCUUCCGCUUCAGGGUGUCAGAGUCCACCGUGUCCCACGUCUGGAGCACCUGAAUGGAGCUGCUGCCGAGACGGAUGAGACAGGGAGAGGGUUGAAAAGAGAGUAUGCGGAGGGGAGAGUAGGGAGGGUAACCUCUUGGUGGAAGGAGGGGGGCAUAGAGAGGUAGAGGUGUGGAGAGAGUGGGAAACAGUGAGACCAAAAAUAAAUACAAAAUACAAAGAAAGUUUGAAUGAAACCUAGGUAACGUCAGAUUACAUACUGUACUUGCCCCAUAGCAUGAACUUGACUCUUAUCAGUAAAUAAUUAUUAGAAUGUCGGUAGAAUCAUGAGAUAAUGCUAGUUUUAGGUUGUACUUUGUAGUCCACCAAAACAAAGCCAUUGUUUUGACUACUCAGGAUCUGACUUAACGAACCACGUGAUUGUUAGAGAUAACCGUUAUCAGUAGGAGUUUUAUUUUUCCUGUGCUUUUCACCUAUAGUGUUAUUGUAACCUAUAAGCCUUGAGCACUCUCGUUCCCUCUCCCCACCAGAUCCCCCGCCAGCGUUACAUCACUUCUUUCCAGCCUCGCCUAGCCAACGGCCGCCAGCUCUAGUUUCGAGUGUGCCGACAUCCACUCCAGCCGCCGCAAGCGAGGGGACACACCCAACCCCUCCUACCAGGCCCUAUCACUACCUCUGCAGCGAACGCGUUUGCUGUCUGAUGGACAAGGGGAUGGCGUUCCGUUACCUGAGGGCGGUGCGCCCUACCCGGAUCGGGGGUGCAGCUAGACAGGGCCUGGCAGGUGUGCUGCUGCCUGGCAUGCCUUCUUCACCGCCCUAAGAGAGUCAAAUAGGUCCAAGACCAAGGGCCUUUUUUAUUUUUUUGUUUUCUGAAUUGUGUACAAUUAAUUGUUUAUUACUACUGUUAAGACAAAAUAGAAUUGACUUAAUAACAAGACACCUUGUUCCAAAGUUCAAAAUAAAACUUUUUGGGAGACAAAGA